CAUAUAUCCACUUUCAUUUCAUUUUCUACAUCAUAAGCAAGCUAGCAAAAGCAGCAUAAGAAAAGUAUUACUUCUAUGACAAGCAGCAUGACUCACCAGGUUGAUGAUCAAAUGGUGCUGACCUCUCAGUUUUAUCCAGAUGUUUACGCCCAACUGACGCGUGAACAAGGACCGGUGAAUCCGCAACGAAAAAGGAAGAAGAACAAAGAUGAAGCAAAAGUACUUAGGAAGAGGAAGCUUAGUGAAGAACAAGUCAAUCUUCUUGAACGGAGCUUUGUGGACGACCACAAACUGGAGACUGAAAGAAAAGACAAGCUUGCUUCUCAGCUUGGCCUUGAUCCUCAACAAGUCGCGGUUUGGUUCCAAAACAGGAGGGCUCGAUGGAAGAACAAGAAACUCGAGGUUGAAUACUCCAAGCUCAAGUCUCAGCAUGAGACAACGAUGAUUGAGAAAAAUUGUCUUGAAACUGAGAUCUUGAAGUUGAAAGAGCAAUUGUGUGAAGCAGAAAAGCAAAUACAAGGGCUAUUAUUGGAGUGUAAUUGUGAUGGGUUAAUGUCAAGCAAUGGUCCAAUUAGUACUUCAUCGUUCUCUAGAGAAACCUGCAUGGAUCAGACACAUUUUCUUGGGGAGUUUGGAAUGGAGAGAAUAUUAAUGGAUAAUAAUGUAUUCUUUGAUCAAAGCACUUAUAUAGCUCUCUGGGAUAAUUAGAAUCGGUUAACUUAAAUGUAUGAUAUUAUGAUCAUCCUUCUUUAUGUUUUAAUUGUAGAUAGUGACUCACCUAAUGCAUGUAUGUACAUCCUUUUUUUCCUUUUUGCCCUUGCUUUCUGGAUAAUAUUAGUGUACUAAUGUAAUGGAUAAUGUUACUCCUAGUAUUUGACUAAGGGGUG